UGCGGGCGAGGACCGCGGCGCCCAAGAUGGAGGGGGGCACGCGCGGGCGCAGGUUCCCCCGAGUGGCCGGGGGCGGCCGGGCCCGGGUGGGGACAGCGGAGCGGCUGCCCUAAGCUUGGACACAGGAAGGGGCUGCGAGCAAAACAAGAAAAGACCAAGUUCCCCUUUCCGCGGUUUCCGGGCUGGUACCUGGGUGGGGGAGGCGGCGGGUGGGGCGGCGGCUUCCUGUGCCCCCACCCUUGGCUCAGCGGUCCCUUUCCCUGCCCACCUGGGACUGACGGCUUUCUUGGAGCCCAGGGCUUUUCACCGGGGCUCGUCACCUGCUUCUGGGCUGGGAGCCCCCGGGGGUCCGGGGCGGCCCGGGAGGGCUGGAGCACCCAGGAAGGGGCUAGGCCUGGGUGCUGAGCGCUGGGUGAGGCCGGGCGGCGGGGGGGCUUUGGGCAGAGAAGGUGCCCUCACGUGGCGGCCCGGGCCCCUUCCUGGGCAGGAAGGCGUGCAGCUGGGCACCCAGAUGCGCGCUGGGAGCACAGGCGACCCCUCGGCUCUGCGUGCGCCCUGCUCAGCGCUGGGGGGGGAAAGGCUCCCAGCUGGACCUGGGAAGUCGCGUGGGCUUCUGCCUUCCUGUGUGCAGUUACAGUGGGGGUGGAGAUGGCGCUAUGAAGGGCACCUGCUUUUUCUGAGCAGAGGCGAGAGGCAGAGGGGUGGGGAGGAAAUACUGGGACCUGAGCCAUCGCUGCUUCUGGUGCCCAGAGACCUACUGGGGAAGCCAUCCUGCCACCUCAUUCCCUGCCUGGCAGGCUCACUCGCCACCAGGCCGGGGACAAAGAGCGGGGAGAGCCAGCCCUGCCCUGGCCGUAGGAGUCUCCCUGCGUGGGUGAGGGAUGCGGGCUCUGGACAGUGUCAGUAGGUGAGGAUCCACCCUCGGGCCUCUGCCCACGGCCGGCCCUGUGUGUGAAGCACUGAAAGGAAAGGCUUGCCUCUAACAGCCAGUAAGUCAACAAGCACAUCCUAGGUGCUGUACCCAGGUUCAGUUCUGGGGGCCCAGGGUGCAGGAGUGAGCAAAUGGCUCAGAGUGGCCUGAGGAUGAGCCGGCAGGUGGUCCGCUCCAGCAAGUUCCGCCAUGUGUUUGGACAGCCAGCCAAGGCGGAUCAGUGCUACGAGGACGUGCGUGUCUCACAGACCACCUGGGACAGCGGCUUCUGUGCAGUCAACCCCAAGUUCGUGGCCCUGAUCUGUGAAGCCAGUGGGGGAGGGGCCUUCCUGGUGCUGCCCCUGAGCAAGACUGGACGAGUGGACAAGAAUGUGCCAAUGGUCUGUGGCCAUACAGCCCCUGUGCUGGACAUCGCCUGGUGCCCUCACAAUGACAACGUCAUUGCCAGCGGCUCUGAGGACUGCACAGUCAUGGUAUGGGAGAUCCCCGACGGGGGUCUGGUGGUGCCUCUGAGGGAGCCCGUUGUCACCCUGGAGGGCCACACUAAGCGUGUUGGCAUCGUGGCCUGGCACCCCACAGCCCAGAACGUGCUGCUCAGUGCAGGGUGUGAUAACGUGAUCCUGGUGUGGGACGUGGGUACCGGGGCAGCCGUGCUGACACUGGGCCCAGACGUGCACCCAGACACCAUCUACAGUGUGGACUGGAGCCGUGACGGUGGCCUCAUCUGUACUUCUUGCCGUGACAAGCGUGUGCGCAUCCUUGAGCCCCGAAAAGGCACCAUUGUGGCUGAGAAGGACCGUCCCCACGAGGGGACCCGGCCGGUGCACGCUGUGUUUGUCUCAGAAGGGAAGAUCCUGACCACAGGCUUCAGCCGCAUGAGUGAGCGGCAGGUGGCGCUGUGGGACACAAAGCACCUGGAGGAGCCACUGUCUCUACAGGAGCUGGACACAAGCAGCGGAGUUCUGCUGCCCUUCUUUGACCCAGACACCAAUAUUGUGUACCUCUGUGGCAAGGGUGACAGCUCUAUCCGCUACUUUGAGAUCACCUCCGAGGCCCCGUUCCUGCACUACCUCUCCAUGUUCAGCUCCAAGGAGUCCCAGCGUGGCAUGGGCUACAUGCCCAAACGCGGCCUGGAGGUGAACAAGUGUGAGAUCGCCAGAUUCUACAAGCUACACGAGCGGAAGUGCGAGCCCAUCGCCAUGACAGUGCCUAGAAAGUCGGACCUGUUCCAGGAGGACCUGUACCCGCCCACUGCAGGGCCGGACCCUGCCCUCACAGCUGAGGAGUGGCUGGGUGGUCGGGAUGCCGGGCCCCACCUCAUCUCCCUCAAGGACGGCUAUGUACCCCCAAAGAGCCGGGAGCUGCGGGUCAACCGGGGCCUGGACAGCUCACGCAGAAAGGCAGCACCAGAAGCUAGUGGCACCCCUAGUGCGGAUGCCAUGUCCCGGAUGGAGGAGGAGAUGAGGAAGCUGCAAGCCACGGUGCAGGAGCUACAGAAGCGCCUGGACAGGCUGGAGGAGGCAGUCCAGGCCAAGUAGAUAACGCAGGCCUGCAGCUGGGGCCAGCCACUCAUGCCCACCCAAGGCAGGCGGGCACGGCAGAUGAGAAGAAAAAAAAACAAUAAAAUGGCUUUAUUUUCUGGUA